GUCGUCGAGCACAGUCCCGUCGCCGCGGACCUGCUCCAGUCCCUGCCCCACGUCCAGCUCUCGGCCUGGGCCGACGCGGCGCCCAUGAACCUCCGGCGCAAGUACGACGGCUUCGCGUCCAAGGGCGCGCUCCAGGGCGUCCAGCGGCUCGCGAAGGCCUACUGGCGCGACGCGUACAAGCGCGACCUCCGCGGGGGCGCGCUCCGGGGCGGCUUCGGCGACGACGCCGACGGCGCCGCCGUCCGCGAGCUCCACGACCUCCUCGUCGACGCGCGCUGCCACGUGCCGGGCGCGGCCGACGAGGUCUGCAAGCGCGACCGCGCGACCAAGCCCGCGGCCGCCGCGGCCGCCGCGCGGCUCCGCGGCGGCGGCCUCGCGGCCGCGCGCGGCGCGGGGCGGCCUUGCCGCCUCCGCCUGAAGCGGCGCCGCGGCGACGGCGCCGCGUGCCUCGUGCUCGUCGCGCCGGGCGCCGGCGGCUGGGCGCGCGUGCCCCUCCACCGCGUCGUCGGCGUCCGCGCGGCCGACGACGCCGGCGCGGGCCACGCGCUGUCGCUCUUCGACGACAGGGGCGACCGCCGCGAGGCGCACGAGCUCGCGGUCGGCGCGGCGGCGACGCGCGACGCGCUCGUGCUGGCCCUCGAGGCGCUCGCGGCGCGCGAGCGCGCGCGCCACGGCGUGCACCGGCGCCGGUUCCGCGCGGACCGCGCCUUCGCCGAGACCGUCGCCGCCGCGCGCGAGGCCGCGGCGGCGCCCGCGGACGAGCCCCUCGCGCGGCCGCCCCUGUCGCCGUCGCCGAGCAUUUUGGACGACGCGUCGUCGAGCGACGACGACGACGACGACGCGCGCGCGCUCGACGUCGCGCGCGUCGACGGCGCGGCCGCGGCCUGGGCCGUCGACGCGGCCGGCGCGUCGUUCCGCGUGACGCUGCGGGGCGGCGACGCCCUGGACAUCGACGUCGCCGCCGCGCGGCGCGGCGCCGUCGUCGCGUCGCGCGGGUCCGCGGACCUCGUCGUCGCGCCGCGGCCGCCGGCGCCGGCGCCGGCCGCGGCCGCGGGCGUCGCGCUC